GCGUGAACAUGUUUUCUUCCAGUUUGAUUAGAUGAUUUUCCGUAGCGAGAUGCGGCUUCAGCUCAUGGAGUCUGCCGUAAUUGUUGGUUUUUAUUGUUAUAUGUGCUAUUUUUGGAACCAAAACUUCGUAAAGGAUACAAAGCACUUUAAUAUUUUAGGUUGUUCCGUGUGUGCAAUGCUUCUUAUGUCCCUUCAUCAAGUUGUACCAGUCAUUCAUAGAAAAGCUUCCAAAGAUCAGGAAACAGCGGACCAACCUCAGGUGUACAGGAACAAGAGUGAUCCUGGGUUAUGGUGCAGCCUGUUGAUACCACUGGCUCUCACCACAAACUUGUGUUUAUACCCAGAAGUGGACAAAAUGCCGGUGAUGUUGGCCCUUGUUUUCGUGGCACUACAUUUAGUUCACUUUAACCCAUCCACUGUGACUCAGUUAACUUGUGCUGGACUUCUCUACUGGUUGAGGGAAGAUUUUCUUUCAAAAGAACGACCAGAGCAAGCUGUGUUUGUUGGACUGUGUGUGCUUGUUUAUAUCCUGCUGGGUAAAAUACCAGGUGUAUUUCCCCAGUCCUUUACUGAUGGGGAGCUAGCUGUCUGUUUACAAUCUGUAAUCAUCCCUCUCUACCCAGUUCUGGUGAUCUCAUACAAAGCGUUACAGAGAGGCGUCACCAACAUAAGUUUACCCACAAGUAUCUCCAUCUCACUGUUAGCCUAUGCAGGGGUGAUGAUGGGGAGUUUGUUUAUCUGCACAAUCCGCACCAGAAACAGCGCUGUGCGCUUUCUGUUGUCCUAUGGACUGGCAUUGGUAGCUGUUUUAUUCCUGUCGGUGAAGCUGUUUGGUUCACCACUGCCAUACAGAGUGCUUCUACAUUUUUUAAUGGAGUCUAAAGUCCGGGUUUAUCUCCUUGUUUGGUGGAGCGUUCUCGUGCUGAUCAGUCUGUGUGUUACGAUGCUGAACCAGAACAACAAACCUUCUAAAGGUCGGACUCGGGUCCGGAAGAUAUUUCACAUCCUGAUCCUUGGCGUGUACGUACCAGGGCUACUGUAUGAUGCAGUUCUCUUGUUUACAGCCUCUUGGGUGGCUCUGGGAUGCUUGAUCAUAGCAGAGACCGUAAGACUGCUGCAAGUUCCUGUCUUUGGCCCACUUCUCCAGAAGUGUUACUCCGUGUUCCUAAGUGCCCAGGACGAAGGGAGGCUGAUCCUGACCCCCAUCUACCUCCUCGUGGGUUUCUCCCUCCCUCUGUGGAUCCACACAUUCCAGUGGUGUGAUUUCUCUGAUGUCCUGCCACUGUUUGCCGGGCUUUUGUCUGUUGGUGUUGGAGAUACUAUGGCCUCUGUUGUUGGCAGUACCAUUGGGAAGCACAAAAUAUUUGGAAGUCAUAAAACAGUUGAAGGGACAGUGGCAUCCAUUAUAUUUCAACUCAUUUUUAUCUUCAUCAAACCAUAUUUUUCACCUGUUGAUGUUCUGCACAAUCGUUUAGUGCCUGUGACGGGGAUCGUAGCAGCGACCUCCCUCCUCGAGGCGUCCACAUCACAGAUAGACAACCACGUACUGCCGCUAUUUAUGUAUAAUCUGUUGAUCACACUGAAGUCAUGAUACAAACUGAUUAACUUUUAAGACAUUCUAGACAAUCAAUAUUGAUAUUUUUUGUGAUUUCCACGAGAGGGAAAAUAUCAGAGAGAGAAUAUACAGUAGAACCAUA